AUGGCCCACUCCCACUCUCACGAUGCUGGCGUAAGCCACUCCCAUGACGAUCCCUUCAACGGCCACGGCCACUCGCACGAUAUCCUCGAUGGCCCAGGCUCCUACCUCAACCGCGAGAUGCCUCUGAUCGAAGGCCGCGACUGGAAGGACCGUGCCUUCACAAUCGGAAUUGGAGGACCCGUCGGUUCCGGCAAGACAGCUCUCAUGCUGGCCCUGUGCAACGCCCUCCGUGACGAGUACAACAUCGCAGCCGUCACAAAUGAUAUCUUCACCCGUGAAGACGCAGAAUUCCUUACCCGCAAUAAAGCCCUCGCGCCCUCGCGUAUUCGUGCUAUCGAAACGGGCGGUUGUCCCCACGCUGCUGUCCGUGAGGAUAUCAGCGCGAACCUGCUCGCUCUGCAGAAUCUACAAAGGCAGUUCACGACUGAUCUGUUGCUCAUUGAGUCUGGUGGUGAUAAUCUGGCUGCAAACUACUCGCGCGAAUUGGCGGAUUUUAUUAUCUACGUGAUCGAUGUUGCGGGUGGUGACAAGGUCCCCAGGAAGGGUGGUCCGGGUAUUACUGGUUCGGAUCUGUUGGUCGUGAACAAGAUUGAUCUUGCUGAGGCUGUUGGUGCGGAUUUGAAGGUUAUGGAGCGGGAUGCGGCGAAGAUGCGCGAAGAUGGGCCGACUGUCUUUGCCGUUGUGAAGCAUGGGACGGGCAUGAAUCACAUUGUGAAUCUGAUUAUUAGUGCUUGGAAGGGAAGCGGUGCAUAUGAUCUGAGCUUGCAGCGGUGGAAGAACGGUGCCCCGCGUGGUUCGGGCAGUGUCGAGUAG